AUGCAUUGCCUCACACCUCUCCUCCUCCUCUUGUGGUAUUGCUCUCAGUACACAGAGGUACUUUUAACCCUUCCUUUCCUGCCACCCCCAUUGUCAGUCACCUGUUCAAACCCUCGACACCGAGUCUAUCAGAGGCAGGACAGCAAACACCAUGUCUCAUGCUUGUGGGAUGGGGACAUCCAGCUGAAGUAUUCAAAAGCUCCUAGACUGAUUCCAGAUAUCAAUGGGGAAGAGAACCGUCAGCAGCCCCCUCCUCGCUGUCUCUGGUACCGAGACGCCAUCUUGGUAAACACCACAAACAACUGGUCAGGUGAACUGGUGGUGGGCACAGGCUUCGUCAGGCAAGGUCCCCAUCCACCUUGGAUCUUCACACGUAUCACCAUGCACUGCGUAUCGUCCUUCUGUUAUGGGCCCACCUGUCUUCACCACAACCUGAGCAUUGAAAUGACCGUGCAGGAUGUCCGUCUUUUCCUGCUUUGGCCGCACAACCUUCCCAUCCGUGAAUGGCAGCCGGUGCAGUGGGGUUGGUGUGCACGCCUGAAGAGCUCUACCUGGAUCUACCACUUCAGGAGCCAAGGAGGAAGUCCUGCAGACCAACACAUCCCUGCAAAUCAGCAUAAUAGACCAACUGAGUUCGCUGUUUAUCCCCGUGCAGAAUUGCACCAAGUGUGUGAAUCGUAUUAUAGCUACCAUACCACUGUGAAAUACCCCCUGCGUGGAUUCUACACGGUGUCACUCCGCAUCGAGAAGGAACCUCAGUUGAGUCGAAGCCUGGACUUGUACGUGCAGCCUGCCCUGCUUCACGUCUUUACUGCGUCUUCCAGACUGUCCAGCUUCCCCCAUAAAACCCUCGGCCUUUCCUGGACCUUCCAACCUCUGACUGCCGGAAUAACAGCUUUUGUGUUGGUGGAUGAACAGGGUCACGGGGACUGGUAUCACUCAUACAACGCAUUGGCUCUGCAAAGGAAUUUCUGUGCUGCACCCAAACCACAACAUUCCAGGGAGAAAGUGGUAGCCAGCACCUACUUCCGUACCAACAAAAGGAUAUCUGGAGAACUGAGAGGCAAACUCCAUUUUUCAGGUGACACCCUGAUUUCCGCAGCUGGCUAUACAAUGCCAACUCAUCUCACCCUCAACCCACAGAAGAUAAGGACUGGCACGUACAUUUUUAGUAAACAGGGACUCUUCUAUUCCACCCAAAAAGGCAGUGUUGUCCAUGCCACCAGUGAGAACACCAGCUCCCACUACAUCUUCUACCAGCAGGAGAGUUUCUCCUUCUUGAUCAUCCUUGAAUCUGUCCAGCUGCAAUGGUAUCGGUUCAACAUGCAUAUGUAUUUGAACCGCAGGGGGAGUCUAUUCAGGUCGUUGGGAGAACAAGGCAUAGAAGUUCAUGUUUUCAGUGGUCAUUCGCCUGAUAUAAAUUUGGCUUAUAUUGUGUGGUUUAUUCCUGUACAGCAUCCUCGGCUGCAGUGUGAGUGGUCCUUCAACCUGCAACUUUUUGAUUCAAAGAACGACCAUCUCCUUGCAAACAAGACUUAUUCCUACAAAGACCAUGUUCGAAAUGCUGCCCACUUUCUCCCCCACUCUCUUCUACCUUUCAGAGCCGCUCUCUACACGGGUUUUGUAGCAGAAGUGAAUUGCGGAAGCGCUGGAAUGGCUCGAGCUGUUUUAAACACUGAAGUCAGCACUCGUGGAUCAAAGGUCUUAAAGCCGACGGUGCCUUGUCAAAAGAGCUACUGUCAGGAAGUGACUGCCAUAAUCCAGAAACCUGAUCCUUCUAACUCUCUCAUAAGCUAUACAAGACAGUCAACAAUCACCUUGCAAGCAACUGCAAAGGCCCUGUGUAGGACAAAUCUGCAUAUAGAUAUAAUCUGGGAAAUCUCCAGCGUUCAUAGUAAAGGCUCAUCAAGAGCGACCAGCAGGAUUAGAACAGUCGGAGUCACAUUUCAUUUGCCUGGAAAACUCUUAAAGCCUGGCCUGUAUCAUCUUACAAUGACCGUGACCGCAUAUCUGCCAGCAUAUAACAUAACCAUCAGAGAGUCCGAUUCAGUUACCAUACAUGUUGUAGAAAGUGAUUUGGUAGCAGUCAUAGCUGGAGGCUCUUUCAGGACAGUCGGUGUUUCUGAUCCUUGGACUUUGGAUGCCUCUGCUUCCUUUGACCCCGAUUCAGCCAACCCCCACGCAGGACUUGUAUUUAACUGGCUGUGCUCCAAACGAAAACCAGACUUUUUAAAGAUGAAACUGAGUACAGAUGGGAAAUGCCGUCCAGGUCAAGAGACUUUGAAAUGGACCGAUUCCCAGGAACCGGUUCAAAUAGUACAAAGAGAGACACUUCUACCACAGAACACAUAUUAUUUUAUUCUGAGAAUUACGAAGGGUAGAAGAACUGCAGAUGCUUAUCAAACAGUUCGGGUUCUGCCUGGUUCUCUUCCUGUGUUGAAUUUCACCUGCGUUCGAAACUGUAGAAGAAACAUUAUACCAGCUGAAAGAUUAACACUGUAUGGGAAGUGUUUAAACUGUGAAGCUAGUCCAACUGUCUAUCAGUGGUCUCUUCUUUCAUCAAGCUCCAAUAAAAUACUUUUUGACUGGGAUGCCAAAACUUCAACUGGGAGGUCGAUUCCUUACCUAAGCAUCAAUCCGUUGGUGUUCAACACUAUGCCACACAAAUCUUACACUCUUAGCCUCACAACAAGCACAAAAGGGAGACAAGACGCCACUUAUGAGUAUUCGUUUUCUAUUAAUAAUCCCCCACGGAUUGGGAAAUGUACUAUUUAUCCAAGGGUAGGCACAGUGUUCCUUACAAAAUUUAGUGUCCAGUGUAGUGGAUGGGAAGAUGAACAUGGACCACUGACGUACAAAAUCAUAGCACAUUCUGAUGACAUGAAAACGAGUCAAAUGUUUUUUCCACAGAAUAGUCCAUUGGGAACAAUAGUAUAUGUAGGUCACCAACGUCAAAGUCUUCCGUGUUUUCUUCCCCUUGGCACACCAUCUAAAAAGUAUACCCUGAUAGUAUCUGUUCAGGUGUACGAUGCCCUUGGAGCAUUUUCUCAAGACAUUUUACAAGCCACCGUGCACGAUUCAAGGAGAAACCAGUCAACUGCUCUUGUUCUCAGUGGACUUCACAAUUUAAUCAGCAGAUCAAAUGCCCCCAUGUCAAUUUUCUUCGAAACCAAAGAUUACUUUAAUAUAGGUUAUUAUGUAUAUAUGGUGGCCUCAGUAUUGAACAAUAUUAGGUCAUCACCAGCCAUUCGUGGCUCUAAAACUUACUUGCGGGAAACUCUCCUUAACGUGUCUGCAGGGAUUCCAAUGACUGAGAUUGGGGUAAUAAGGCAAGUGAUUGCCAGCGUCUGUCAAAUCACACAGGAAGUCACAGAAAUAAAUGGGAAAUCUCAGCUUCUCACAGUCAGGAAGUUCCAAGAAGCCACCAAAGCUCUACAAAGGCAAAAGGCCAAGGAUCUGGAUUCUAAGGAAACUGAAAUCCUUCUCCACGGUAUAUUUAGGGGGCUAUCAAAUGUGUUAACAGCUGCUCUAUUGGACAGUAGGCAUGUCAAUAUAGAUUCAGUUAAGGAAACUAUUGCUGUUGCAGAGAUACUGGCAAACUUAGUAUUGCAGGACAAAGUUCCUGGCGAGUAUGAAACUAAUUUAGAAGCUAAAGACUGGGCCAUUCAUCUACGGAAAGAUGAGAAGCGGGAUAUUUCUCAAACGUUUAGAGAAAGAAAAUGUAAGAACUGCUUCUAUCCCAAACUGAAGAAGGAAAACGAUACUGACUUCCCUGCGGAUGCUGUGGUUUCCACCGUUUUGUAUGAAUUUGUUGAGAAUCCCUUCCCUUGGCUUGUGGAUGCAGCAGCUAAUCACAUGAUAGUGAUUGGGUUCAAAAUGACCGCAGCUAAAGAAAAUGGUGACACUUUAGGGAUCAUACCUGAGGUUGUGGAAGUGAUGAUGGACAUAAAAAACAAGGAUUCUGACACCUUUGGCCUAACGGUAGGGCCAGAUAAAAAAUACCAUAAGACAACAGGUGGUUUUAGUUUUGAAGUGAGAAGAAUCUCCACAGACAUAUUUGUCCAGAUUGAGAGUAAAAUAAAGGUUACUUUCAAUGUCUCUCUCUAUCUUGGGCUCAAUGUCAGCAAUCCUCCAUUGAUUUCUUACGUUGCUUACUUUGACAAACCUUCAGUAUUAAAUGGAAAUUAUCCCAAUAUUAGUGACUGUGCAGUUAAGACUCCUUAUGUCCUUUGUUUUCCUCGGUCCUUGCUUUGGUCUUCAGCGGAAGGCAGCAGAGCAGACAAAAGGAACAUCUCCAUUGUUUUGCAGUCCCAUCCUUUUGUGAGAGUCCAAACCUCAAAGGUGGUUCGCAUUACUGUUUUUACAACAGGGUGUCUAGACUUAGACAGAGUUCAGAACCAGUGGGAAGAAGAAACAUGCACCCUUGGGUCUCAGACCAGCCAGUCCAAGAUCCAUUGCAUCUGCAAAUUAAAAGAUACUACCAUAAGAACCAAACGGCCCAGGUCAACAGGGACCUCCAGCACUAGUGUCAGAUUUGUUGCUGGUACAUUUCAGAUCUAUCCCAAUCCUUUGGAUAUAACAAAGGUCCUUUUAGCAGAAUUUGACACAAAUCCAGUGACAUUGUUUACUGUGUUUUUCAUCUUUGCAAUCUACAUCUUUCUGAUUAUCUGGGCCACAAUGAAAGAUAGACUUGACAUGAAACGAAAAGACAAAAUCCUUGUUUUGCCAGAUAAUGACCCUUUUCACAGAGUUUGCUAUGUGGUCACUGUAUACACAGGAAGUCGUGUCGGAUCAGGAACCACAGCGGAUGUCUUUAUAGAACUGAUAGGCCAAAACGCUGUCAGUGAUGUACAUCGUUUACAACACCCAACUUUUCCAAUCCUCUUUCGUGCAGCUGUCAAUACCUUUCUCAUAACCACCAAGAAAGACUUAGGAGACAUUUUUUCUCUUCACGUGUGGCACAAUAAUGGUGGUUCUUCCCCUAACUGGUACCUAAGCCGAGUUAAAGUGCUCAAUGUCAAAACUAAACAGUCCUGGCUGUUCUUGUGUAGAAACUGGUUUGGCCUUGGUAAGGCAGAUUGCAAAAUAGAAAGGUCAUUUCUCGUGACUAACCAAGAUUUACCAUUAAAAAAAAUGGAUUACUUCUUGAUAAAACUUGCCAAAGACUUGGAAGACAGCCAUGUGUGGCUCUCCGUCUUCUCUCAAGUUGUCACUGGUCCUUUCAGCAGAGUUCAGAGGAUAUCUUGUUGCUUGGUGAUCAUGCUUACUAGCCUGUUAUUUAACAUCAUGUUUUUCAGUGGCGAACAGGAAGAACAGGUCAUUUCAAUACAGCUGCGUUAUCUGAAAUCCAUCUACAUUGGAUUUGUGAGUGCUAUGUUUUCUCUCCCUGUGCAUUUGACAAUCAUAAUUUUAUUUAGAUAUUCACAAGAAAAGCCUUCGGAAUAUGAGAAUGAUGAGAAUGAGCAAAAACGGUGUUUCCUUUUAGUAUCGGAAAGCUCUGAGGAUCUCAAUUUAAACUGGAAUGCCCGAAGCCCGUCACGACCAAACCUCCGUAACAAUUAUUCGGGUGAGAAGGACACAGACACGAAGGCAGGAAGGUUAAUAUGCCGAGUGUUGAACUUCCUUUUUAUAAGGCCAAAGUUUGCAUGGUGGUGCAAGUACGUUUCUUGGACACUGGUCUUUUUAAUAUCUAUCAUUUCAUCUUCUUUCAUCAUCUUAUAUGGACUGACCUACGGUUACACAACGUCACUGGAAUGGUUCAUCGCAUCCAUGACAUCCCUUUUUCAGAGUGUGUUUUUGGUUCAAAUUUUGAAGAUGGUUCUUUUCUCAGCUAUGAGCACCGUAGUUCUCAAAUACUGCAAACAUAUCCCCUGGAUAAGCACAGAAAAAUAUGAACAGAUGAAGCUGGAGAAAACGACUGUGCUUGGCAAAGACAUGAAAAAGCUUCAUCAUGAACUUGUGCAACUUAGAGCAUCCCGGGAAUACCGGCCUCUAGAAGAGGACGAAGUCAUCAUUAUGAGGAAGAGAACAAGAGCGCAACACCUAGCUUUUGUUUUUGUAAAAGAUAUUAUUUGUCACCUGAUCUUUUCAUCCUGUGUUUUAAGCAUUGCCUACUCAGUAGAUACCACUACUAGCUUUCGUUACAAUCAAGCAAUUUAUGAGAAAUUCUCUGUUAAUCUGUCCCAAGUAAAUAGGUUGGAGGACGUGUACACGUGGACAAGCAAUGUCUUCGUGCCACUGAUCCACAAUGAUGAUCAACCAACCUAUCUUUUAGACACUUGGUCUAAAAUUCUUGGGUUGCCCAGAAUGAGGCAAAUAAGAGCCUCAAGUGCUAGGAAAACAUGCUUCCAUUCACACAGCUUCGUAAAUAGUUUUCUGGUUAAUGAAAGCCACUGCCGUUACAAAUACGGAAAAGAUCCAGAAGAUGAAACGGAUUAUAUUGGAUCAUGGACAAUCCCCAUGAAUAAAUCCACUUCCAAACACUCCAGCAGUUUUCAAGGGUUUACAUUUGAGUCAGACAUUGAUCAGUGGGAAUAUAAGUCUUAUGGUAUUUUAAACACAUAUGGCCCCGAGGGGUAUAGCUUUUAUUUUUUCCCUAGAGAACAGCGACCCAAUACCACAAUGAGGCUGGAUGAUCUUCAAAGAAACGUCUGGCUUGACGAGAGGACCUGGGUCGUUAUUUUUGAGCUGACCAUUUUCAAUGCAGACAUAGAUCAAUACUGCAGUAUAACAGUCAUGUUUGAGACUUCUGACAUUGGAAUUAUUCAUGCCAGCUUGUCAACACAUACUUACAAACUGUCUGUUUUCCGUCUUCAAACUAAGUCCCAGAUAGUGGCAUAUGGAUUGAUGACAUACAUUCUGAUCUUUUACCUAGCCGAUGAAUUUAAUAUGUUACGUCAGGAAAGGAUAGGCUACCUAAAAACAACCACCAACUUAAUCAAUUUUGCAAUAAAGACCAGCUGUAUAUUUUUUAUCUUGUUAAUUGCACUCAAAUUCAAAAUGGCUUUUACCUUGAUACAAUUUUUUCUCCUGAAUCCAGAAAAAUUUGUUCCUUUUCAUGUGGUUUCUCAAAUUGAUCAACUCUAUAGGAUGGUGGCAGGAGUUUUGACCUUCCUUCUGGUUUUAAAGCCUUAUCGCUAUUUUAGAUUCAUGUAUAAUGUCCGUCUAGCAGAAAAAACCAUAGCAGCUGCUUUACCGCUGUUUGUUUCUUUGUCUGUGCUAACUGGUUUGCUCCUUUUCGCGCACAUAUCAUUUGGAUACCUUACAUUUGGUGAAUAUCAAUGGGAUGAUAAUGAUUCUAUGAUUCAUUCUGGUGAGACUAUUGUUUCAUACUGUUUUCACAUGAUGACACUUAAGGAUAUUACGUUUUCAUCCAAUUCAUGGAUUGGCCUCUUGUUACGAGUUUUAUUUAUUUAUGCCAUUAUCGGUGUUCUUAUUCAUUUGUGGCAGUCUGUAGUUAUCUUUACCUAUGCAUCGAUGAAACAGCCAACCUACGAACUGCACUCUGACGAAGCAGAAGCAGUAAACUUUGUGGUUCAUAAAAUCCAAAGUCUAUGGUGUCGCAUAACCCAUCAGACACCGUCCACAAGCAGCACUGGCCCUAUGGACACUAUAAUAUUUGGAAAAGUGGCAAGAGGAAAGGGUAAGCAUCUAGGACUCAAAAGCACCGAAGUUGAAGGCCAGAAAAUGGUUUAUCUUUCCGUUUAA